AUGGCGCCCGACACACCAAAGGGAGUCUCGUCGAGGCUACUCACGAUGAAGUUCAUGCAAAGAGCCAUCGCAUCCAAUUCCGCCCCUGCCUCGCCAGACUCGGAACCAAAAUCGGCCAAAAAGAGGAAAUUAGACCAUGGCUCGCCUGCCGGCAGACUCAGUAUGGACUUUGACCAGGCGUCCGUGGAUGCCGCCAUGCAAGCCCAAGAAGCCAAGCGCAAAGCGGCGCUUCUACAGCAUGCCACUGGCGAUACACACUGGGUUCUCAACACGAAAUUCGAGAAGCCAGCUACCGCGAAAGCUUCCAAAAUAUCACGAAAAAUUGUUUACGUUGGCUACGGUGACAUGGACUCCGAAAACGACAGCGGGGACGCGGGGGAUGUCGCCGCGAAUGGGCGCACCUCAACACGCAAGCCAAAGCCAAAGACUGAGAGCUCGCAACAUCCAAGCGAUGACGAAUCCGGGGACGAAACGGGACAGGACUCAGACGGCAGCGACCGCCCGAACCGCAGAAAACGCAAAGAAUCGGGCUCGCAACGAGACCAAAGUAGAUCGCGGUCCAAGUCGCGCACCCGCCCAUCCGCGGCAGAUACCAAAGCCAAAGAACUACGCGACAAACGUAGGAAAAAAGAAGUGCGACUGAACAACAACAACAACAACAUCACGUCUAUUUCCGGGUCAGGCGACAACUCGUUAAAGAACAAACCCUCCAUGACUUGCUAUAACUGCCACCAACCUGGUCAUCGGGUCUCUGACUGCCCCCGACGUAAGCCUGGUGGACGUAGCAAGUAA